GGCGUCUGGGGGAGUGGAAUCAUGUUGUCACUUGGAGCAGGACGUACUUGCCAGGUUUGAUAGCAGUGGUUGUAAGGGGACAGGGGCAAGCCCCGUGAGAGCCACAUAAAGAUUUGGUGGGGGGAAAGCUGAACCAGGGUUUGGGAGCAGUCGGGAGAACUUCGGGAGAAGGCAGAGAAGAUGACAACAGACCAGGGGGUGAAAUGGGCAACAGAACUGAUUGAACAGAAGCUGGCACUGGAGGAGGAGCAGAAACUCCACUCCUGCCCCCCUGCAAUGCUGCCAGAAGUGUCACGGGUCGAUACCCCACAUCUGGAGGAUGAGAAGAAGCACGGACCAAUCAACAAAGGCAUCGAAGGGCUAAAGGGCCAGGAGAGGGUGCGGAAGACCUCUGUGGACCUAAGGCGGGAGAUCAUAGAAGUUGGUGGCACCCAGUACCUCUUUGAGCUUCGCAAAAAACCCAAAAAGAAGAAGGAGGAGAAGGCACCAGAACCGGAGCCAGAGGAAAUUACAGGCCCUGUAGCAGAAGAGGACUUCCUAAAAGCUGCUGUGCAGGGCAAGGUGCGUGUGGUGGAGAAGUUCCUGACAGAUGGCAACUCCCCAGACACCUGCGAUGAGUUCCGCAGGACAGCUUUGCACCGUGCCUCACUUGAGGGGUACACAGAGAUUGCGGAGAAACUUCUGGCCCGAGGUGCCACUGUGGACUUCAGAGAUCGACUGGACUCCACUGCCAUGCACUGGGCCUGCCGUGGAGGACACCUUGAUGUGGUGAAGCUGCUGCAGGAGAAAGGAGCCAAUCUCAAUGUCAAAGACAAGCUUCUCAGCACCCCUCUGCAUGUGGCCACCCGUACUGGCAUGGCUGAGAUUGUGGAGCAUCUGAUAAACAAUGGAGUGGAUGUCAAUUCCUGUGACCGGGAGGGAGACACUGCCCUGCAUGAUGCCGUGCGCCUCAAUCGCUACAAGAUCAUCAAGAUGCUGAUUCUGCAUGGGGCAGACAUGAUGGCCAAAAACCUGGCUGGGAAGACUCCUACAGACCUGGUGCAGCUAUGGCAGGCAGACACACGAGAAGUGCUGGAGAAGCAAGAAGAGCCAAAAAUGACAGAAAUGCCUGCGUGAGGCACAUUUUGAUAGACAGUACAGGCAGGUGGAACUCCAGGCAACAGCAAUACUGGACUCAGAGAGCCUGUGUAACUAAAACCCAAUAAAGAAACAAGCAGAGUAAAAACUA